AUGUCUGCACCGACCGUCCAGAACUUCCCCAAGCCCAAGUCCGUCACGGGCGGCUGCCUCUGCGGCUCAAUCCGAUACCGCGUCGACUUCCCCGACGGCCAUGACUUCCUGCAAUCGAGCGGAAGCUGCCAAUGCACGCAAUGCCGCCGCGGCACGGGCUCCCUCUUCUUCACCGCGCACUCCAUCCCGCUCAAGAGCCUGACCUACCUCACCGCAACAGACGCGCUCAAGAAGUUCUACGCGACGCCCGGCAUCACGCGGGGCUUCUGCGCCCACUGCGGCAGCUUUUUAUACUGGCGCGACGAGUCGAGCAACACGGUCGAUCUGGCCGUCGGGUGCGUGGAUCCGGAGCUUUUGGUCGGGGAAGGGGAGGAGGGAGUCGGGUUCGGGUUCGCGCUGGCGAACAUGGCGGGCGCGAAUAUCUGGUGCCGGAAUGAGAUUCGGGGCGUUACGGAUGGGAUGGUGGGGAGGGAGCGCGGGAGCAGGUGGGCGGAGAGGAGUGUGGAUGGGGUCAAGAUGUGA